AUGGAAUUAUCUGAAGGUGAGUUAUCACAUACGUCAUCUUCGUCAUCGUUUGUUCCUGUUGAUCAACGGCAAUUGCAAGAUGCAAUUCAGAUCAUUGAUGAGGAUAAGCAUUUCAACACUGGAAUUCUUGACUAUAUCAACAAGACGUCACCCGCUGACGUAGGCAACAACUAUCACAUUAUUUCUGUUUUUGGGUCACAAUCGACUGGGAAGUCUACGUUGUUGAACAGAUUAUUUAAUACCAAUUUCGAUGUUAUGGAUGAGCUGAACCGUCAGCAAACCACCAAGGGGAUAUGGUUGGCGUACUCGCCAGUGGUAUCGACAACGUCGGGACACACCACAAGCAAGUCCAAUAUUCUUGUUAUGGACGUAGAAGGUACUGAUGGGAGAGAGAGGGGCGAGGACCAGGAUUUUGAGCGUAAAGCUGCGUUGUUUGCGUUGUCGACAUCGGAGAUCUUGAUUAUCAAUAUCUGGGAGACUCAGGUAGGGUUGUACCAGGGUGCGAAUAUGGGAUUGUUAAAAACAGUGUUUGAAGUUAAUUUGUCGUUGUUUGGGAAAAGCAAGUUGGAAAAGCACAAUGAGCAUAAGGUGUUGUUAUUGAUUGUUAUUAGGGACCAUGUUGGUGUUACGCCAGUCGAGAGUUUAGCCAAGACAUUUACGCUGGAUUUGCAGAACAUGUGGGGCAGUCUUUCCAAGCCGGCAGAGUUGGAGCAUUUGCGAUUUGCCGAUUUCUUUGAUGUCAGUUUCCAUGCACUUAACCAUAAGGUUCUUCAACCAAAAGAGUUUGGCGAGGGUAUUAAUAAGCUCGGUGAUAGGUUGGUGGUCAACAAUGAAUUGUUUAAGCCCGAGUACCACCACGAUGUUCCAAUUGACGGGUGGACAAUGUAUGCUGAGCGAUGCUGGGAGCAGAUUGAAACCAAUAAGGAUUUGGAUUUGCCGACACAACAGAUUUUGGUUGCUCAGUUCAAGUGUGAUGAGAUUGUUGAGGGUGUGUUCCAAGAGUUUUUGUCAAAGUACCAGCACCAUUUCAAGGAGGUGGAUGUGGAUGUUGACUUUGCAGAGUUGGGCGAGUUGUUUGUUGAUUUGAGAUCUGAUUCGCUUGAGGAUUACGAUGUUUCUGCGUCUAGGUACAACAAGGCUGUUUAUGAACAGAAGAGGGCAAAAUUAAGAGGAUUGAUCAACGAUAAGCUUAAGGAGGUGUUUGAUGUGCAUGCAAAGAAAUUGUGUGAUACCUUGUUGGAGACGUUCCAGAAGGAUUUGGUUGCAUUAAAAGGUAAGGAUUUUGCCGUGAAUGUGAAAGCGUUAUCUACGAAGUUGGUUGAGCAGGUGGUUGACACGCUUAGUUUGAUGUCGUUGCAUGGCGACAUUUCUUCGAAUGAGAUAACUUCGGGGUUGAGUAAGGAGAUUGACGCUACCAUUGCCAAGCAACAGGUUAUUGAACUCAACUCGAUUGUUAACAAGUCGGUGAAGAAACUUUCCGGUAGUUUAUCGAAAUCAAUUCAGUUUGAGUUGGGCGAUCCAAAUGACGAGACGUGGGAUAAUGUUUUGCAGAUGUUUAAGGAGUCGUACGACAAGUUUGGUGGUGAUUUUGGGUUGGGUACAUCUACCACCCAAAACGAGCAGGCCAUUGAAAGAUUCAAGUUCAAAUCGUGGUGCCAGUUUUAUGACGUCACCCGCAAGUUGAUUUCUAAAGAGAAAUUGUUGGCAUUACUACAAGAUAGGUUUGAUGACAAGUUUCGGUACGAUGAGAAUGGGUUACCGAAAUUGUACCUUAAUGAGCAAGACUUGGAAAAGACGUUUGCGGUGGCUAAACAGUAUGCGUUGCAGGUGUUGCCGAUAUUGACUCUUGCCAAGUUGGCAGAUGGCUCAGAGAUUGUUCCCGAGUACGAUAUUUUUGAUUCCAAAUUGAGAGAGGAGUUUUUAGGGGCUUACGACGAUAGUGAUGAUGAGGACGAUCAUUGUUUUGCGGAAGUUGUCACCGAGCAAGAGAAGCUGGAGGUUUUGGCUAAGUUUAAGAAGGAAGUUGACGCCAAGUACAUUGAGACCAAACGGUCUAUUGUUCAGCAUAUCACGCAAAUCCCAUACUACAUAUACUUGAUUAUCUUGGUGCUUGGGUGGAAUGAGUUUAUGGCGAUUAUCCGGAACCCAUUAUUUUUCUCGUUGAGUAUUGUGUUGGGGGCAACGGUGUAUGUUUUGUACUACUUGAACUUGUUAAAGCCGGCUAUGUUAGUGGCACAACGAACAAUGGACGAGGUCAUUAUUAUGGCCAAAACAAAGUUGAGGGAGGUAUUGAUUGAUGACCAUGAGGUUACAGGGCGCCAGUUGAAUAAGAUUGCGGGCGGUAAGGAAAAUAUUGAACUAGACGAUAUGUAA